AAACGCCUUUCAACUUUCAUUUUCAUCACACGGCCAUCUGUAACGAUGUUAGUUACAGCGGUUUCUGUUUUAGAUUUAUUGGAAUGAAUGAGGAGAUAAUUUAUAGAGUUCAAAGAUCAAAACAGCGGACACCGUACGAAACAUUUUGGGCGCCAAGUCAUUAGACUCUCCAUGACGCUUGUGUAGAUGGCAAGUGAAGCGUGGCUGGAGUCUUCCCUGUGCCGUUCAUCUAAACUCGGCCAGGAGGUGUUGGAGAAAGCAAAGAGACGAUCUGUUAACUGGAGAAGCACAAGACCAGGAUCACCAUUACAUAUGUUCAGUCAAAAUAGUGACCUCUCCCAUUCAAGCCUGGACCAUGCUUUUGCAACAAUAGUGGAGUACAUGGCAGAAACUACAAGGCAAUGCAAGAAGUUUCACACAGCUGUGCACCUGACUGAGUCCAGGGAGCGAGAACAUGUCUGUCGCUACCAUUCCCAGCAGACAUCGAGGACUGCGGACCAGGAACCGAUUACUAGGGCAUCCAUCAAACGAGACAUUGAGCCUGAGGAUUUUGCUAUUGAAGUGUCUCCAGGCACCUAUUCCAUCACAGCAGCAAUGCAGGACUCAAAGCCACAUACCAAAACUGUCCGCAUCAAUGCUGGGGAAAGCAUGAGCCUCACAUUCAACCUCUGACUUUGAACAUCACCUGUCCAUUAUAUGGGUGACAUACGAUGCCCUAACAAUUCAGGACUUGCACUAAAAUUGCAAAUGAAAUUAAAGACUCAGAGUUCUUUUAAUCAGCCUUAAUGUACAUGUUUUCUACUCUGGGAGAUAUAUUUAUACUUUUUUUUUUUAAUUUCUUUUUUUAUUAUUA